AUGGCCUCUCGAUUCAAUCUCGAACCUCCGUCACUGGCCUUAUCCGACCUCCCUCCAGUCCCAGUCACCUCUCAAAGCCUCGUUUGUGAAGCCGGGGUCACUACGCUCGAUCAACUUCCACAAGAUGUCUUUCUUCUCAUCUGUCACAUUCUGCUUUCCGACUCCGCCAUCCUCCCAUCCUUCCGGAGGCUUAUGACAGUCCCUUGGAUGGACGUCAAAUCCAAGUACAUUCGACCUCUCUUUCGCCUCCUCCACGUCUGUAGAUCCUGGCGCACUAUUAUUCUCGAAGCCCACGCUCUAUGGAAGUAUGCUCUCGUCGAUGGUCCCGAUGGGAUGCCUGACGAGCUCAACACCCUCUUGCUCGAUCGUGUCGGAGACGCCCCUGUCGUUCUUUCCGUCGUCUUCAGUAACGAGACACUCCCUGUCACUGUCCAAUAUCUGGAAGAGAGCCGCGCGCUCAGCCCAAAUCCUUUCGGAGAACUCCUCCACCUUCUCUCGGGCACCCCUGCCCUCCAUUAUCUACACCUCUCGCACCCUCAAGCAUACUUUCCUCUUCAUGAUCCCUUUGUCGGCCCGCGCGUCUCGCUUCCCCAGCUUCAGCGGCUCACCAUGGUCUGGUUUGACUGGCGCCUCUGCAACGCGCUGCUCGACCAUCUCCGCCUCCCUGUCACCGUUCACGUCAACCUCAAAGAUGUUUUCCUGCCCGAAGACGUACUUCUACACCACCCCGACGCCAUGCUCGCCUGGGCGCGUCUUCCUCCCCUGCCCUUCUUCCCGCAUCUCGCUCGCCUCCUCUUCUACCAUUCCACUACGGGCAUCGCGCUUGCCGCCGAGGGCGCCCUCGACCCCGGCACCACUUCGCCCACUCACAGGCCGCGCGGCCGGCUCGAGCUCACCUGGCGCAUCCCUGGCCAGUUGCCCUUCUGGUUGAGAUGGAUCCGCGACCUCCCGUCGCACAUCCCGCUCGCGUCCGUGCGCACGAUGCACCUCGAGCUCCACGCGGUCACCAACCCCCGGUUCCCUGUGCUGGCCGCUGUGGCGCUCGAGGAGCUCGUCGUCUUCUGGGGCAGCACCAUGUGCGAGCGCAUAUCUCUCAUCCAGCUCGCAAGGGAGCUGGGCGCCGCGGACCCGGUGCGGUGCCCGGACCUCAGGACGCUGGGUGUGCGGGUGACGGUCCCGGUCCCGGGCGGCGGAUGGACGGCGAAGAUGGUAUCUGCGGCGUUCGCGCGCGUUGAACGCGUGCUUGAGUCGCGGGCGGCGCUCGGCCACCGGCUCGACCGUCUCCUUCUGGAGAUCAAGGAGGAGGUCGAGCUAGACGAGGUGGAAGACGACAAGCCCGGUGCAGAGUCAAGAUGGGACCAGCGGUGGGCGGAGUACCACCUUACGGUGUCCGAAUGCUUGCGAUCGUUGGAGGAACACGUUGGCGAGGUCGUCAAGACAUACUACAACGAGGACAAGACCGAUGGGCUUGCCGGUUCUUUCCGGACGGGUCAGGAAGACUGGCUCGAGGAUGAGAGUCUGGCGCAACAACGGUACUGGAUGGUCGCGAAGGAAGAGGUACAGUGGGACCCUGCCGAUGUGUAG